AUGGCGAAGCGGGAGGAUCUCAGUACAGAGAAUAUCAGCAGCGCCUCAAGUGACGAAGAGUUCAAUACAGUGGGGUAUAUCUCGAUUAAAGAUUAUGCAUACGACGAGUCCAAUCCACUACACUACGGGUACUUUGAUGAGUCUAGCUGUGCAGGCGCCGGGCUGCCACACGACGACUCGGACGAGGGCGACGAGUACGGGGGUGGCGAAGGAGGAUACUACAGCUACUAUUACUACGGCCGCGGUCUGGGGCCGCGCGGACGGAGUGAGGAGGAGGACGCGGUAGAGAAGCGGCAGAGCAUUGUGAUGCCGGGUGAGUACGUGGUGAACAAGCACGCUGUGGCCUUGUACGACUUUGUGCCGGAAAACGACAACGAGCUGGAGCUUCAGGAGGGCAGCAUCGUGUACAUCAGCUACAAGCACGGGCAGGGGUGGCUAGUGGCCGAGGACAGCGCGCGGACGAGGACGGGGCUUGUGCCCGAGGAGUAUGUGUCGAUUUUGGAGGAUGAGGACGAGCCUGGUGUGGUAGCGGGCGGGCGCGCAGACGACGAACAGGCCCGGCCCUUCUAUUUGACGCAGAUGUUGACUCAGAGCAUGAAGGCGGCAGCGGCACGACAGUCCGCUGCGGAGGACGAGUGGGAAGACAUUGAAGGGGACGAGGAUGAGGCGGAGAGCGCGCAGGGAGACGAGGCGGGCGGGGCGGGCGGGAGCGAAGUAGAUACCGUGCGGCAGUCUAUGAGCGACAAGUUAGCCCUAUGA